AUCCGUACGGUGUGAGGAAAGAAAAGACUACAAGCAACAUGGGGCAGUGGAAGCCUGUCGUGGUGGGUCUAGUCGUAUGUUUGAUAGACCAAGUCGUGUCGUCCUCCGAGAUAACCUGUAACUACCCUGACGAAUACAAGCACCACCCAAAGACUGCAAUCGCUUCAUUCACUGCGCCAUGGGCAAUCCCUAUGUAAAACAAUGCCCGCUAGACUUGGUGUUUAGCGACGUACUCAAAAUUUGUGUCUUCAAAGACAGUUUGUACGACGACUGUACUCCUAGGGGUAGUGGUGGUGGGAAUUCCGGCUCAGACGGCUCCAACAUGGGAGGCACCAACCAUGGAGGCUCUAAGCCGGGCGGUUCCAAACCGGACGGUUCCAAAUCGGGAGGCUCAAACAGUGGCGGCAGUAGCUCUGACGAGAGCACUGGCGUUACGAGCGGCACCAUGAGCAGUAGCAGUAAUACAGGUUCCUCAGGGUCUUCUUCCAAUCAAGGAAGAGUAGUAAGGGUGGUUGGAGAUCUCUCGGCAUCUGGCGAGAACGCUCGGUCUUCAGCCAACUGUCCACGAAACUCGGUCGUCCUGAAUUGCGCUUGUAACGAGAGAACUGGCUGUAAUGGUCAGAUAAUUUCGGGGCGGGUCUGUCGGGUGUUCAAUGCCCGGAGAGCUUCAGGUCAAAGGGCGCUAGCGAUCUGUUUCUACGACAAUGUGAAUAACUGGGAAGUCGUGAACUCACUUUUGGUGUCUUCGCCUGAGGCAAUUUGUACUCCAGGCUUCCAAGUGUACGCUUGCACGAUUCACUACAGGAAUUCCCAUCGGGAAAGGGUCUUCGCGUUGCUGGACAGGGCCCGCAACUCCUGUCGUGCGGUCAGUUCUUGCCAAUACGGAAGAGGUUGCAGGACUCAGGCUAUAUGUCGCAAAAUUGAAGAAUGACCCCUGACGUAUGUCACUGACCAGGCACCGACGAAGACAUAACCAUUAUUUGUUCUGAAUUGCUGGAAAGUUAAAAAAAAAAAAAAAAAAUCACGGUGAAUAUGCAACAUUAUAUAUAUUAUAUGUUUUUACUCAAUGUGAAAAUAAAGCAUCUAUAAUCCUUAUAUACCACA